ACCCAGUAUACACAGUCCCUAUGAUCCCUCUGAAACGAAGGAUCAUACAACUUCGAAUCUAUCCUCGUUUUCUAAUUCAAACAACUUUCAUUAGUUUUGUGAAUUGAUUUAUAGGAAGAAUGGUGGACACGGACGAUCAGAAUAGUUUCCAACGGUUUAUGAAAACAAUAUAUUACCUAUUAGAUACACCGGUUGAAUAUGUCCGAGAGAAGAUAGUCGCGCCGAAUCAACAGAAAUAUCCAUGGUAUCAUCAAAAGUUUCGUCGGGUCCCAACAAUCGAUGAAUGCUACGAAUUGGACAUGAUCUGUCGCUACGAGGCACAAAAGCAAUUUGAACGUGAUAGGCUAGUAGAAGACGAGAUUCUUAGCAUAUUGAGACAGAGAUAUGAAGAUUGUGCUUGGUACUACGGUGAUGAUAAGGAUAAGUACUGCAAAGAUUUGUAUGACACCUACCAGGACUCAACCACUGCAUGGUUUAUAAAAUAUGGAGAUCUUGGAGUAACUGGUGGUGCAAUAGAUGCCUAUAUGAAGCAAAAGCAUCGUAUGAUCUGGGAACGACGCCACGGUCCAGUCGGUAGUGGUCGUACCAAUAAGAAAUAUGAUUUUUAAAUUAUUAGAUGUAAACGCUGUAUGCGUCUCGUUAUCGAGAUCGAAGUGGUGUUCGCAUCGUUGUAUAGAUAAAUAUACUGUAAAAGUUAUUAAAUAAAUUAAUGUAUCAAAUUGUAA